AGGCUGAGCCGGAGCGAGCGGAGGCGCCGCGGAGGGGCGGCGUCGCCGGGGUACUAAAGAUGGGCCGUCGAGCCCGCCAGGACCUUUCUGCAGGUGAAAAACUCAGCACGAAGAAUUCCCCGUCUGCUUCUCUUGGAGAGUGUUGCAGAAUGCUGAAAUUCUUCCUGGAAGCUUGCUGUUGGAUGUUAGCAUGGCUCCUCCACAGACACCUGCUAGAAGGAGCAGCUCUCAAGAUGUGACAUACCAGUUUUGCUCCCUGACACAUACCAGAUGGACAAAAUGUCAUCCGACUUCCACCUUGUUGACAGUGAUAUUUGUUUAAAUGAGGUUCCACCACCUAAACCCCCACGCCGGCAAGGAGGCUGGGCAGAUGAUCCUGAAAAGGCACCCAGCAAGUCAGGAAGAAAGAAUGCAGAAGAAGUAGAAGACCAUCGUCUCAGACAGCAGAGCCUGGAGGCAUCAGAUGAUGGAGGAGACAUUCCUGUGAUCCCUGAUUUGGAGGAUGUCCAGGAGGAAGAUCUGGCCAUGCAAGUGGCAGCUCCCCCCAGUGUGCAGGUGAACCGAGUGCUGACCUACCAUGACCUGGACAAAGAUCUAAUGAAAUAUGCUGCCUUCCAGACUCUGGAUGGAGAGGUAGACCUGAAGCUCCUUACCAAAGUUUUGGCUCCAGAGCAUGAGCUACGGGAGGAUGAUGUCAGCUGGGAUUGGGACCAUCUCUUCACAGAGGUGUCAUCAGAACUAGUGACUGAGUGGGACCUGGGACAGUCGGAGAGGGAGGACCACCUCAGUCUCCCAUAGAGCUCUGACACACCAGAUGUCUCAUACACCCAUCUCCUGUAAAUAGUUAAGCACUUAAAUUUUCUAUUCACUUGUUUGUAUUUGAGAAUUUAUUUCAGACAUGAAAAUAAAUAGGACCUUGCUUGAUAUAAAAA